AUGUGUCUCUCCAUCGCCUCUCUACCUCCCUCACGUCUCCUCUCUCCCCCACUUGACCUCUCUCCCUCCCUCACCUUGCUCUCCUCCUCCUUCAACUCUCCCUUCUCCUCUCUCCCCCCCACACUUAUCAUGUGUCUCUCCAUCUCCUCUCUACCUCCCUCACGUCUCCUCUCUCCCCCACCUGACCUCUCUCCCUCCCUCCCUCACCUCUCUCUCCCCCUCCUUCAACUCUCCCUUCUCCUCUCUCCCCCCCACACUUAUCAUGUGUCUCUCCAUCACCUCUCUACCUCCCUCACGUCUCCUCUCUCCUCCUCCUUCAACUCUCACUUCUCCUCUCUCUCCCCCACACUUAUGUGUCUCUCCAUCGCCUCUCUACCUCCCUCACGUCUCCUCUCUCCCCCACCUGAGCUCUCUCCCUCCCUCACCUUGCUCUCCUCCUCCUUCAACUCUCCCUUCUCCUCUCUCCCCCCCCACACUUAUCAUGUGUCUCUCCAUCUCCUCUCUACCUCCUUCACGUCUCCUCUCUCCCCCACCUGA